AUUUUCACAUUUGUCACAGGUAAAUUGCAGGUAAACAGAACAUUUUAAUUUCAGUGUCAUUUAUGGAUUAUAAUGAACUAAUAACUUGAUAAAAACAUCAAUGAAGUAUCCCUACGUUAUGAGGACAUACAUUGAACGGUAGAAAAACAUAGAUAGGGACUAAAUUCAUAAAAUAGAAAUGCAGAAGAAGAAAGUGUAUAUUUUUGUGACAAUGAUCAUCAGUUUUGUGGCUGUCGGUCUCAUAUCAGCUGCCUUGGCAACAGAAUACUGGAUUGUUGCUUGGCCAGAGAGAGAUGUUAAUCAAACAACAAAGGAUCUAGCCAGGAAUAUUUCAGGCGAUGGAACUAAAUUCAAUGGCAAUGUACAUUUAGGUCUCUUUACGGGCCAAAAGAGAAUUGAUUACGGAUUCGGAGAACGGACCUCUGAUGUCCAAGUCCUCGAUGCCAUCAAAGACCAUGGUCUGAUGAACUUUGGCCUUUGGGUAUGCUGUAUCAUAUUUAGCUGUCUUGGGAUUGUGUGGGGGUUGAUCGGAGCUGGGUUUGCCAUAUUUAAUGUAUCUACACGUCCCAUAGAGACAAUCACAGGCCCCCAGGGAAUCUACUUAUGGAACCUUCUAGCAGGCUUGUUCACCAUGCUGUGCAUAGGGAUGUUCGUCGCCUUGUAUUUUCUCAAUCUACAGAAAAACGUAUUGAAUCCAAGAGAGAGGAAUUUACUAUGGACUUCAGAAAAUCGAGCGACAUUUGGUUACAGCUUUUAUCUAGUAGUGGGCGCCACUGUAUGCUAUAUUUUGAAUAUACUCCUGAUGGCUGCGUCAGGCUACAAACCGCGUCCUAAGGACAGUAAAAUUACAAUGGAUGCCAUGGACGGAGUUAUGAUGUAUUAAAAUUAAUAACACUACAUGCAUAAAAUGUUGAGUCAUCAUAUUUUCCUCGUGUAUAGGCUUUAAUAAGAGGAAAAUGAAGUAAAUAUGCAUAAAAUUAAUUACUCCAGGUUAUGUAAGAAAUAAGGAUGCAAAAAAUUGUGCCGUCAAUUUUAGAAGAUGUCUAUUAAUGGUGCCGAACAACAAAGUUGCAAUAUUGGAUAAAGGUUGGACAAACAUAUGAUUUUUUAGCUCACAUGGUGAGCUAUUGCAAUCACU